AUGUCAUCAUCUCAGGCUUGUCCUAAACGUGCCUUGAGUUCAUCGACCCGUGCAAUCAGUCCUCCCGCCUUGCGCCGGAAACUCACACAAACAUCGGAACGCGUGGUGAUUUCCACGCGGCCGCCAUGUGCGACUGGUAACGCGGAUGCAGAUCUGUUUCGAGUUUUCAGUUGGAACGUCAAUGGCAUCGGUCCGCUGCUCCAGAAACAGCUGAUCUUUGAGUCGUCCACUGUGAGCCCAUUGAGGCUGUUCCUCCAACGCCACCGCUGGCCACAAGUUCUUUGUUUACAGGAAGUCAAGAUCAAAUCGACGGACACCGCAACUCGAGGAGCCUUGAUACGGGCCGCCAAUGGGGGGAAUGCUCCUGGUGAGCCAACAUACACCGCUCAUUUUUCCUUGCCAAGAGACAGCUAUAAUGCUACUGCUUUUGGAGGUAAGAUCCACGGAGUGGCCACUUUGGUUCGUGAUGAUACUGCGACCGCCAUCCGUGUCACACGCCGGCCGGAGUGGGAUUUGGAAGGGCGUGUGCUCAUCCAUGAACUGGAGAACCACCUGGUUAUCAUCAACGGGUACUGGGUCAACGGGACUUCAAGGCCUUAUCGAGACCCUGUUGGUGGACAUGUGAGUGGGACGCGACAUGAUCACAAACUUCGUUUUCAUCAGUGGAUGCUAGAAGAGACUCUCCGCCUCGAAGCUGCCGGCCAGUGUGUUAUCCUCAUUGGCGACAUGAAUAUCGCUAGGUCAGAGAUUGAUGGUCAUCCGAGACUACGGACGGCUCCAAGUCAACAUGUGAAGAAUCGAGCGGAUUUCAAUGCCAAGUUUUUCACGGCCAUUGGGGGAAUGCGUGGUGUCGAUAUCUUCCGACACCUGCAUGGAGAAGAGAAGAAAUACACCUACUACCCGCGAGGCAAGGUCUGGGGCGAGAGUUGCGACCGAGUCGAUCUGAUAGUCCUCAGCCGCUCCCUGGUUGAGGCAGACUUGGUGGCGAGUACGGAUAUUUUCAAUUCCCCUGUCGAGCGGGGACACAGUGAUCACGUUCCACUUUGCAUAGCACUAGACAUUGACCUGCGAGGGACUCUGACUCCUAGAUGCAUACCGAAGACUUCAAACCUAUCAUAG